GAAGGGGCGGGGCGGCGCAGCGCAGUCGCGCGGCUGGGCUGGAAGGUUUCCCUUUUACGCGCGCGCUCCGGCCGCUCUAGGCGCCGCGGAGGAGCCAUGGAGCUGCCCCCCUCCUGCUUCCAGUCCUGCCUGGAUUUCUGCCCCGAGUGCGGCUCCGUCCUGCCCCGGCCGGGCCCCCACAGCACCGUCUGCUGCCCCCGCUGCGCCUUCACCCUCCAGACCGCCGAUUUUGAGGGUAAAACCAUCCGCAGCACCAUCGAGUUCAACCGGCUGGACCCCACAGCGGGGCGGGGGCCGGAUCCUGCACCCCACCUCGAGGGGCCCCUGGUGGAGCGGCGCUGCCCCCGCUGCGGGCACGAGGGCAUGGCGUACCGUACGCGGCAGAUGCGCUCAGCCGACGAGGGCCAGACCGUCUUCUACACCUGCCCCCACUGCCGGUUUCAGGAGAAGGAGGAUUCGUGACGGGGUUUCCUCCCCCUCCCUGCCCCCCCCCGUGGGUAAUAAAAGCUCCUGGGGUUUUUUAUUUGG